AUGGCGGAGGAAGCGUCUCCGUAUUCCUUACUUGACAUCUGCUUGAGCUUCCUGACCACUAACCUGGAGAAGUUCUGCUCAGCCAGACAAGAUGGAACACUGUGUCUGCAGGAGCCUGGAGUGUUCCCGCAGGAGGUGGCCGAUCGGCUCCUUCAGACCAUGGCAUUGCAUGGUCUGCUGAAUGAUGGAACUGUGGGAAUUUUCAGAGGGAACCAGAUGCGCCUGAAGAGAGCUUGCAUCCGCAAAGCAAAGAUUUCUGCUGUUGCUUUCCGGAAAGCCUUCUGCCACCACAAGCUAGUAGAACUUGAUGCCACCGGUGUGAAUGCGGACAUCACUAUCACAGACAUCAUUAGUGGCCUUGGCAGUAACAAGUGGAUCCAGCAAAACCUUCAGUGCUUAGUGCUGAACUCCCUAACUCUGUCCCUCGAGGACCCCUAUGAGCGGUGUUUCAGCCGGCUUUCUGGCCUUCGAGCACUGAGCAUCACUAACGUGCUCUUCUACAAUGAAGAUCUGGCUGAAGUCGCUUCGCUGCCGAGACUGGAGAGCCUGGAUAUUUCCAACACCUCAAUCACAGAUAUCACUGCCCUGCUGGCCUGCAAAGACCGGCUCAAGUCUCUCACCAUGCAUCAUUUGAAAUGCUUAAAAAUGACCACUACCCAGAUCCUGGAUGUGGUUCGGGAACUAAAAUAUCUGAAUCAUCUUGACAUCUCAGAUGAUAAACAGUUUACAUCAGACAUAGCGCUUCGAUUAUUAGAGCAGAAGGACAUCUUGCCCAAUCUUGUCUCCCUGGACGUUUCAGGGAGAAAGCAUGUGACAGAUAAAGCUGUUGAAGCCUUCAUUCAGCAGCGGCCCAGCAUGCAGUUUGUAGGUUUGCUGGCCACAGAUGCUGGUUACUCUGAAUUCCUUAUGGGCAAAGGACACUUGAAGGUAUCUGGAGAGGCCAACGAAACUCAGAUCGCAGAAGCGCUGAGGCGGUACAGUGAGAGGGCAUUUUUUGUCCGGGAGGCUUUGUUUCAUCUUUUUAGCCUGACUCAUGUGAUGGAAAAAACAAAGCCUGAAAUUUUAAAGCUUGUGGUUACUGGGAUGAGAAACCAUCCUAUGAAUUUACCUGUGCAACUGGCUGCAAGUGCCUGUGUGUUUAACUUAACUAAACAGGACCUUGCUUUAGGCAUGCCUGUCCGGCUCCUCGCUGACGUGACCCAUUUGCUGCUCAAGGCCAUGGAACAUUUUCCUAAUCACCAGCAGUUACAGAAGAAUUGCCUCCUUUCCCUUUGCAGUGACCGGAUUCUUCAAGAUGUCCCAUUUAACAGGUUUGAGGCCGCCAAGCUUGUCAUGCAGUGGCUUUGCAACCACGAAGAUCAAAACAUGCAGAGGAUGGCCGUUGCCAUCAUCUCCAUCCUGGCGGCCAAGCUUUCUACAGAACAAACUGCACAGCUUGGUGCUGAGCUCUUCAUCGUCAGGCAACUCCUUCAGAUAGUGAAGCAGAAAACUAAUCAAAAUUCAGUGGAUACGACAUUGAAAUUUACUUUGAGUGCACUUUGGAACCUCACAGAUGAAUCCCCAACCACGUGCAGACACUUCAUUGAGAAUCAAGGGUUGGAGCUCUUCAUGAGGGUUCUAGAGUCUUUCCCAACCGAGUCAUCCAUUCAACAAAAAGUUCUAGGGCUCUUGAACAAUAUAGCUGAAGUACAAGAGCUGCAUUCUGAAUUAAUGUGGAAGGAUUUCAUAGACCACAUCAGCAGUCUCCUGCACAGUGUCGAGGUUGAAGUCAGUUACUUUGCAGCUGGAAUCAUUGCCCACCUUAUCUCCAGGGGUGAGCAAGCGUGGACCCUGAGCCGAAGCCAGAGGAACUCUCUUCUUGAUGAUUUGCAUUCAGCUAUUUUGAAGUGGCCAACUCCAGAGUGUGAGAUGGUAGCAUACAGGUCCUUUAAUCCAUUUUUUCCACUACUUGGGUGUUUUACGACGCCAGGAGUCCAGCUAUGGGCAGUUUGGGCCAUGCAGCAUGUCUGCAGCAAGAACCCUUCAAGGUAUUGCAGCAUGCUGAUUGAAGAAGGAGGACUGCAGCAUUUAUAUAACAUCAAAGAGCACGAGCAGACAGACCCCUACGUCCAACAGAUAGCUGUAGCCAUUCUGGACAGUUUAGAGAAACACAUUGUGCGCCACGGAAGGCCCCCUCCCUGUAAAAAGCAGCCCCAGGCCCGACUGAACUAAUAGCCAUAGAUAGUUGGAGAAUCAACAGUGGGAAUCAUUUUUGUGGUUGGUUCAUUCAGCAGCGUGCACUCUGGUGUGUGUGGGGGUGUCUAUGGUAAGAGCCCUGUGACCCAUUUGGGAUUGGGAAUGUACAGUACUGCCCAUGUGAACAGUCUGAUUUGUCUUGUGAUUUUUAACUUAUGAGGCAAGAAAGGUCUUCCUUCAUUAUUUGUCUCUUAGGAAAUCUUUCAGUGUUUGAACUUAACCUGAGCUUGAGAUUCUAUAGUUUCAUGAUAAAUUGCACGAACUCUUACGCAGACUUUUCUUGCCGGAGAGCAGGGCUGCUGCCUUGCCUACAGCUCUGUCUCAGCUAUAAGUUUAUAUUGCUUCUGUUAAAAUGCCUCCAUUCUGUGUAUCUUUCAUAAGAUGUCUCUCUGGUAGCUCUUUGCUCUCAGGAGCCUGGAUGGCAGUCAAAGAAACAUAAAAGAAAGAAAAACUACGAAAGAAGGACAGAGUUGAAAAGGAUCUAGAAAUUGCUUUUGUGCUUUAGCUCUGAAAAUGGAACAGGUUCUCCUGGUGUCCCGCUCCUGAGGCUGGAGCAGAAGCCGUUCUCCAUGCUGAAGGGGACGUGUCUACAUUCACUCUAGAGAUACUCCCUCAGCGCCACACUAGACAUCACAGCACCUUCGUGGAAGCCUCGCCGGGACACUCAUGCUGUAAACAAGUGCAUUCUUACAGUGUCAUUGGUUAAAAUAGCUAUUUUUAUCCCUUCUUUCCCAAGGUCAUUCUUUUUCAGUGGAAUAGAGACUAUUCAUAGAGUUACUUUGUUUAAGGUACAAUUGACAACAGAAAACUUGUUGCAAAAAUUUAACCUUGAGUUGGGGUGUGGCUCAGUGGUAGAGUGUAUUCUUAGCAUGUACGAAUUCAAUCCCCAGCACCACACAUACACCAAAAAGUUAAUCUUUUCUUCUGUUCAAAUACGUUUAUCUGUCAGAAAUACAUGGCUCAUGCCUGUAAUGUUAUGACUCAGGAGACUGAGGCAGGAGGAGAGCUGUGAGUUUGAGGCCAGCCUGUAUUACAGAGUGACAUUUAUUGUGUCUUCAUUAUGUGUUCAUGUUAGAAAAAUAUGCAGAAGAGCAGGCUGCUGCUGAAUGGCUAAAUGUGGAUAAAAGAAAAUGUUUUUGGAUUGUUUUUUAGACAGUUGUCUUUUUUAAAGAUAACUGAUAUAAUAAUCAGUUUUCAUCCUAUAAACCUGGGAGGCAGCAAGUUAUCAACAAACUCAAUUUCCAUUAAAUUUUUCAUUUUAAGCUGGUUCAGACCUAUAAUCUAGUACUCAAAAGGGUUAGACAGAAGGAAUUACAGUCGGAGGUAAGCCUUGGCCACAGAGUUGCAAGCCAGCCGGGCAAUCUGGGGAGCUCCUCUCACCAAACAGAACAAAGUUUUAUUUGAAGGGGAGCCCGAGGCAAUCCAGAACACCAAGGAGCAGGUGGUAUUCAGGGCCAGCCUGGACUAGAUAGCAAGACCCCAUCUCAAAACUAGUAAGUGCAACAGUGUCUUGUUUUGAGAGUAGGGUUGAUCUGAACUCUCUUCUGACACAUUUGUGUAUGUCUAAAAUGUUGUCACUAGACCUUUAAGUCAGGAAUAUUUCAGUUUAGAAAGGAGCUAGCUUAAGCUGGGCCUGGGGUUUGCUAAUCCUAGUACAUGGAAAAUGAAGGUGAGAAGAAUGUGAGUUCUAAGCCAGCCUGGACUAUGAGAGACCCAGUCUGUAAAUACAACCAAUAAGCUGAUUGAUUUGUUCGUGUGCUUUUAACAUGUCUGACUCCUGUGUAAUGCUGUCGUACUGCUGUCACGCUCAUACUUGAAUGUUUCAGUCUUCCUUCAUAGGGAUGAAUACUGAAUCAAACGGAAACAGAUACAUGGAAUUAUCAAAAAGCCAUAUAAAACUGUGGUCUAAUUCUUCCAUCAUUGGUUCAUGGAUUUUUAGAGCUGUCAGACACAUUUUCACCUGAGGUGGUUGCUCAAACCCAUGAUCCACCAUGGAGAGACAAAGUAUUGAAAGUUUAAGGCUAGCCUGGGCUACCAAGUGGUGCUUGUCUCAACAGCCUCUUCCACAAAAGGAUGCAUUUUUCAUAGUUAAACAUAUUUCAGAGAAAAGAAAAUUCUUUCAAAGGCAUUUCUGCUUUUUGUUGACGUUUCCCCCACAAUGGAAGGCAAAAUUCUGAUAAUAGGAUAGUCUGCGGUCGCUUGCAAGUUGGGCGUGCCGACAACCAAGCCUACCGAGUGUACUUCCGGGAUAUUUAAGAACUUUGGCUUCAAAUGUCAGGAUGGAAGAGUGUGCUCCUGCCGGCUACUUAGCCUUUCGUUUACAGAGUUUUAGAAACACCCAACCAGGUGUGUUAUUACAGGACUACACCUGUAAUCUCCGUAUCCCUAGCACCUUAGCAAACUCAGAACCAGCGUUGGUUACCUGACGCCUAUCUGAAAAGCAGAAAUGGUCAAAAAACCUAUAGACAUAUUCAGAAUAACCUGAUAGAUAACGAUUCAAAAAUGUUUCAAUUUAUAUUUUCCAGGCCAGGGAGGGCUACAUUGAAAAACUGAAAAAACCACAAACCCAAAGUAACUGAUCGUAUCCCAAAUAUAUCAAGAUUUAGCACCUGUGUUUUUCGUUUUGUUUGUUGGGUGGUGGUGGUUUUUUGUUAUCAAGAUAGACUCUCACUACACGUAGACCAAGGCUGUGGUAUAUGUUGAUCUCAAUUGACUCCUGAGUUAGUCAGAGGAUUACAGGCAAGUACUGCUAUUGUUGGGUCUGGCUGUGGGGUGGUUCUUCUGUUUUACUUUGUCUUUGUUUUAAGAGACAGAGUUUCUCUGUAGCCUUGGCUGUACUGGAUUCUUUGUAGACCAGCCUGGCCUGGAACUCACAGAGAUCCACUUGCCUCUGCCUCCCAAGUGCUGGGAUUACAGGUGUGCACCACCAUGCCCGCCUUCUGGGAUGUUUCUUAAAGCCAUCAAACCAGAUUUUUCAAUAAAGUUCUGCAUAUAACAAAAAUAUAAUAAAUACAUAUGUGUAUGUUUAUACAGUAUAAAUGUCCAGCCAGCCUAUACAUGGCUCCCUUGUAAUUGGAGACCAUAGUGUAAGCACUUGGUACCCCCACAGUCACUGGCCUACGGGUGCACUUUCAGACACAGGUUAGACUAAUCUGAAUGACCCUGUUGAACUCAUCACUGUACUUAGACACAGACGAUUGGGUCAGCAAUGGCAAGGCUUGGAUCUGCGGCCCCCAGUCCUCAACACGGCUCCUGGAAAGGAAAUGGAAUUAGACUUUGUAAGAGUGUAAACAAAUAAAGUAUAGCAAAUCAAAGAAAGCAUCUGGUUUUUGUGCACCGAGUAAGUUGCUGAGAUCUUUAUAUGCUGAGAUGUGUUUUCCUUGUAGAUUGAGAAUGUACUCAGCACAGUAUUGGAGUGAGGGACCCUGAGUUCAACUCCUAUUAUCAAAAAAAGAAAGGAUUCUUAGUGUUUUCAUUUUAAAGUUAUCGAGAAAAUAACAAGUGAAGAAGUGAUAGGGAGCCGAGUUUGGUGUGCACGCCUGUAAUCCCAGCAUUCAGGGAGGCAGAGGUAGGUGGAUGGCUGUGAGGUGGAGGCCAGCCUGGUCUACAAAAAGUCCAAGACAGCCCAGGCUACACAGAGAAACCCUGUCUACAAAAACAAACAAAAAGAGGUAAUAGGGGGUAGGGGUGGACACAGCAGCUACUGAUCUUAACUGAGGAUUAAAAAAAAAAAUCCUAUCAGACCAGCAAAUUCAGGAGUUGGCCAUAAUUCCUGUUGCUUGUGACCCUGGGCAGCAAAGGCCGGUCAGGGUUACCCAGGGUGAGGAGGGAUGAAACCAUCACCAUCUUAGAAGUUUGCUUCUAUAGUUUUUGUUUCUAAAGAAUCAAAGAUCCAUGUUUAAAACCACCAACCAGCCAUGCUUGCUGGCACGUGCCUUUAAUCCAGUGCUUGGAGGCAUAAGCACAGGCAGGUGGAGUUUUGUGAGUUCAAGUCUACCCUGGUCUACAUAAUUCCAGGACAGCCAGGGCCACCUAGUGAGACCUUGUCUCAAAAAGAGAAAAAAAAAUGCAUCAAUCAUAAAAAUCCAGUUAAUGAAGUUUCUCUUACUAAUGAAUCCUUUCAUUCUGGUCCGUGCUCUUCCUAGUCAAUAUUUUUAGUUACUGGUGGUUUUUUUGUUUUUUGUUUUGCUUUGUUUUGUCUCAUGUAACGAGAGCUAGCUUGUCUCAACUGUCCUGCCUGUGUUCCCCAAGCACACUGCCUACCUGACUUAUGUCUCUUCCGUGUGGCUGUUUGAAAUUACAGAAUGUGUUAAAAUAACACUGGUCUGUCUCUGGUGCCCUUUGACCAUACUUUCCCCCUUUGGUAACAUGCUCAUGAAAACAUUUACUGGGCCAAAAUGGGGUGAAUUAACAAACAGUAAAUUCAGCCCAGUUUUUGGUUUGGUUUUGUUAUUUGAGACAGGAUCUUUUUUUGUAGACCAAGCUGGUCUCAAAACCUCAUGACGUAUCUGAGGAUGACUUUGCACUCUGUUUCACUCAUGCUAAGUGCUUGGGAUGGUAGUCAUGGGCCACCAUACCCAACAAGGUUUUGCCUUUUUGAGAUAGUCUUUACUAGAGGCUGUCCUCAGCCCUCCGAGUGCUGGGAUUGUUAGAGUGAACCGAGCCAGGCUUGGCUUAGUGUUUUAAAAUGCACCCUCCUCGUCCCGGAGCCUAGAACCGUGUGCGGCGGUACUCAAGACUCAAGGGGGAGAAGAGGGAACAGAGGUAAACUGUUCUGUAAUGAUGACCUGCAGGGUCUCCUCGCAGUUUUAUUGGUUGGUUCUUGUGGGACGUUCACGGUGAUUUACGUUGUUAACCCACUGCAGGCAUAGGUUAAAGGCCCACUCUCAGCUGAUGCCGGCCCUUGUGGUUUUAUCUGCAUAUUGUUAAUGUGGAGAGUUUGUGUGUUUGGGUCAGAACUGCUCUGAGCAGAGAGGUUUGCUAACUGCUGUCCUUCCUAAGUCUGUUGUGACAGUUUCAGAUGACUUUGCUAAUCUCGUGGUUGUUGGAUGUUUGGUCGUCAUUUGUUGUGUGUCGAUGCAUUUUUAAUUUUCAGUGUUAACCCAAAGUGUUCAUUUUAGUAAUAAUGCCAAAUCCACCAGCGAGAGGAGUAAGAGUAGGAUAGACAAUUUUGCAUUUGAGUUUUAGGUUCAUCGUGGCUUUGUGUUACUUAGCAUUUCAUGGACUCUGUGGUACAUGCAUUUGUUUCCAGAUCUUAACCCAAAACGCUAUGAUGACUAAUUGCCCGAGGAAAACCUUUUUCUGUCUUCCCACUGCUCUACUUUUUUAAAAAAUAAAAUAUGCAAAACUCAA